UCAGCUAUGCAACACAAGUCUUAGUUCUAUCCUUCACUUCUCUUCUCUAAGUAUAGUAAUUUGUUCCAAAUCAAAAUGAAAAGCUUGGGGAAGUUGAGCCAAUGGUCCUUUCUAACAGCUGCUUUGGCAAUUUGCUUAGUGGUCAGCACUGUUGUUGCUGAUUACUCUUAUGAGUAUACUUCUCCCUCACCUUCUCAUGACUCUAACAAGUACUACAAAUCACCAUCUCCAUCCAAGUAUCAUGUACCCACUCCUUACUACAAGAAACCUUCUCCAUCAUACUACUACUACAAAUCACCAGCACCUUCAAAGCAUGCCUAUUACAAGUCUCCAUCACCAGUAAAAUAUUACAAAUCUCACUCACCAACAAAAUAUUACAAGUCGCCCAUUGUGACGAAGUAUUAUAAGCCACAUUCUCCUUCAAAACAUUACUAUAAAGCGCAUGUUCCUUCAAAGCAUUACUACAAAUCUCCAUCUUCUUCAAAAUACUACUAUAAGUCACCAGUUGCAACGAAGUAUUACAAGUCACCUACUCCCUCAAAGCAUUAUUACAAGUCACCUAGUCCUUCAAAGUAUUACUACAAGUCCCCAUCACCCGCAAAGUACUACAAGUCGCCUACUCCGUCAACACACUAUUACUACAAGUCACCAACCCCAACAAAAUAUUACAAAACACAUGUUCCAUCUAAUUACUACAAGUCUCCUUCACCAACAAAAUACUACAAGUCACCAGUUUACUACAAGUCUCCACCACCACCACCAACUUAUUACAAGAAA